UUUUCCCCCAACCGCAGUCUCUCGCCGGCCAGCACCGGUCCCCGCUUCGGAACUAGAAUAGGGAUACGCCUCUCCUGCGUUCCAGGGAAGCGAGCCGCGCGAGAGGAAAGGCGAGAAAUAGCGAGACUUUCCCAACUUGAGGCGUAUCCUGACAUUAUACAUCCACACCCUAUCAGCCACCCACGGUCCGUCCUUUGUUCUUUAGCUAACAACACUACCACUCACGAUACACCAUUGCUUUUCGUGUGUUGGGGGAGGGGAUGAGACCUCCUCCCCCCCGCCUUUACCCACGCGGUGAGCGGGCAGCAUUGUACCGGCCACACGCACCUUGUCCUUCCACCCAUCCACCGUCUCCGCCGCGCGCCCUACGACGCGGCCUGCGCUUCGCACACCGAUUUGCGAACGGGCCGAAUGUCUGCCGCGGCGAGGGGCGGGGCGCCGCAGGCUCUCGCAGGGCGCGAGGCUUGGGGCGUGUCGGCGCGAAUGGGGGCAGGCCAGAGCGGCCGAUCGACGGCCUGGCGUUGCAGGCAGAUAGUACUGUCUCACAGCAGGCGGCGGCCGCGCCCGGGUCCAGCAUUGGCGCCUCCUGCUCUUCCCCCCCCUCUCCCCGCCCCCCUACGCUCAGCGCAGCUGGCGACGGCCUGGGCCUCGCGCACCCCGCUCUCGCUGCCGGCAUACUUGCCCAGCUUCGAGUGCCGGCGGGAUCCCGCAGGCGCCUCUUCGGAGUUACUGCCCGUCGAGACCUGUCUGGUACCUAUGUUUUUCUCUCGAGCCCGGGGGGGAAACGCGCGUGGGGGAGGGAGAAUAGAUUGGUUGUGACGGACUUAUCUCUUGCCUCGCAUCUCCACAUGUCCCCUCUCCGAACUUAUCGUCGGGAGAAGGCGCGGAAAUUCCUUUCGAAGUGCGUAUGGGCGAUCUUACGGGCUUAUACGCCUUCCCGUCCCAGCAAGACCUUCAGGCACAGAUUAGACCUCGUACUCGUUUUUGCCGUCACGGUGGUAACUGACAGAAUACACUUUGGAAGGUCAGCUUUGCAAUGAGCUGGGCAAGUUCAAUUUGGCUGCGUCGAGAGGUGAAGUACCUAAGAUGGGGAAGAUUGCAUAAGGUCCGAUAGGGCUCAACGUCUCUCCGACCUAUCUGUGUAGGUAUAUAGGUAUGGGACCGCUUGACGAUACCGGCGACGCCGACGCAACCCACGCCGAACGUAGUGGCUGGCUGUCUUAUCCGAAUUCACAUAUGCUGGCCAAUAUAGGUAGUGGUAGUGAUGAGAACCCCAGGU